GACAACCGUUCCACAGAAAGACGGGCGCAAUCGGUCGGAGCCACUGAGGUAUAAUAAGAACCGUCGUGCUAAUGACAUACAAUUAAUAAUAGUGGUAUCUGCUGGUCGGUUGGGCUUGCCAGCUACAUAUGCGCAUAAACUGUACUAAGUGCUUGAACUAAAACAAAAGACCUUUAUUUUGAAAAGAUGUCCAGCAUAGACCCGGAAGAAGAGAUGUUUUUCACGUUCAUAUUAUGAGAACACGAAUCCUGCAAACUGCUGCAAGCAUUAAUGUCUCUAUUGGCCAAGACAAUGUCUAAGUUCCGUCUAGCAGUGGUCCAGCUACAUGUGACGAAGGUCAAAGCUGACAACCUCUCCAGAGCCCGGGGGCUGAUCAAAGAAGCAGCUGCACAGGGGGCCAAAUUGGUGGUCUUACCUGAGUGCUUCAACUCCCCCUAUGGAACUGGCUUCUUCCCUGAGUAUGCAGAGAAGAUCCCUGGAGAAUCCAGUCAGGUUCUGUCUGAGGCAGCCAAGGAGAGCCAGGUGUAUCUGGUGGGAGGCUCCAUCCCUGAGGAGGAUGAUGGAGGGAAGCUGUAUAACACCUGUCCAGUGUUUGGACCUGAUGGCAGCCUGGUGCUCAGACACAGGAAGAUCCACCUCUUUGACAUCGACGUUCCAGGGAAGAUCCGUUUCCAGGAGUCAGAGACACUGAGCCCAGGGAGCAACCUGUCAGUGUUUGACACUCCAUACUGUAGGGUGGGUGUAGGGAUCUGCUAUGACAUAAGGUUUGCAGAGCUGGCCCAACUCUACUCUAAGAAAGGAUGCCAACUAUUGGUCUACCCUGGAGCCUUCAACAUGACCACCGGGCCGGCCCACUGGGAACUGCUGCAGAGAGGAAGAGCGGUUGAUAACCAGGUGUACGUGGCCACGGCUUCCCCUGCCAGAGAUGAGACAGCCUCCUACGUGGCCUGGGGUCACAGCACUGUUGUUAGUCCCUGGGGAGAGGUGAUAUCUAAGGCAGGGUCUGAAGAGACUGUUGUUUACGCAGACAUUGACCUGCAGUAUUUGGCCAACGUUCGUCAACAGAUCCCCAUCACAGCCCAACGCCGCAGUGACCUCUACACUGUGAACGCAGUGCAGGAGGGAUGAACUUUAACCCCUGAACCCUUAGCUAUGAGAAACUGAGGCAAUCAGGAGUUACAGUAAACAGACCUGUCUAUUCUUGGUGAGAAAUUGAUAGCUGGAGAAUGAGUGUUGGCUACACAGCUGUUUGUGCCUACAAUACAUGACUCCACUGUGACCUACAGUGGAGUAACAGAAGCAGCUGUGGAACCGGUAAAUGUAGUCUGAUUUUGAAGGUGCAUGUAAUAAAGCAGAAUAUCUUCGAGGGAACCAUUUUACACAAAGAGGAUGUAUGUCCUCUCUAAUUUACACAAAGAGGAUGAAUGUCAUCUCUAAUUUAAACAAAGAUUUAUAUUCUUACUAUAACAUGUCUCAUCUGUUUUCAAAUAUACAUCCAGUUCAAUUAAAUUCAUUUUUUCCAAGAAAUACUCA